AGCUCUAGAGGAAAAAGACUUGGUCUUCACAAUUCGCCAUCCAGUGUCUUAACAGUGAAAGAGCAACGGACCCUUUUUAGAGUUUCCAGGCAUCAAAGAUCAUCCAGGAACAAGAACAUUGGACUUCGAGGAACAGGGGACUUGAGAGAGCCCAGAAACCAGUCACUCAAACGGGACUUGGCUAUGCACCUUGGGAAUGAAUACCAUUGAGACAGCAAAGCUUGAAGAGCAUAUGGAGGGUCAGAACAAUGACACUUCCAAUGGCUACUCACGACCUGCACUCUCGGUCGUGGAAGAGAACCAAAACGGCACUAGCAAACCAAAGGGCUUGUCUAACGGCUUGCGAAAAACAACAAAGAAAUACCCUGAUUACAUCCAGAUUGCUGUGGCUGCUGAGUCCAGGAACAAAUUCCCUCUGGAAUGGUGGAAAACAGGCAUUGCCUUUGUCUAUGCUCUCUUCAACUUGAUUCUAACAACUGUAGUGAUCACUGUGGUCCAUGAGAGAGUACCCCCAAAGGAGCUGAGCCCUCCCUUGCCUGACAAAUUCUUUGAUUACAUUGAUCGUGUGAAAUGGGCUUUUUCUGUAUCAGAAAUAAAUGGCAUGAUACUACUGGGACUAUGGAUAUUCCAGUGGUUGUUUCUUAGAUACAAAUCAAUAGUGGGACGCAGGUUCUUUUUUAUAAUAGGAACUUUGUACCUGUACCGCUGCAUUACAAUGUACGUUACCACCUUACCUGUGCCUGGAAUGCAUUUUCAGUGUGCACCGAAGUUGAAUGGAGAUUCUCAGGCAAAGGUUCAGAGGAUCCUGCGGCUGAUCUCUGGUGGCGGUCUCUCCAUAACUGGAUCACACAUCCUGUGUGGAGACUUCCUCUUUAGUGGUCACACUGUGGUAUUAACACUGAUCUACCUGUUCAUCAAAGAGUAUUCACCACGUCAUUUCUGGUGGUAUCACUUAAUCUGCUGGCUAAUGAGCGCUGCGGGUAUCAUUUGCAUCCUCGUUGCUCACGAGCACUAUACUGUGGACGUCGUCAUUGCUUACUACAUCACCACGCGGCUCUUCUGGUGGUACCACUCCAUGGCCAACGAAAAG